AGCGUUUUUAACUUGUGCAAGCAUUCGAUCGACGGUCACAAAGUACUUAGAAUAUCAACGGUGUAGUCGUGCGACUAGCUAUAAGGAUGUCUCUCGAUCAGCAAUUUGAGGCGGCUGCCGAGGCCGUAAAGGCGCUCACGAAGCGUCCUACUGACGAGGAGCUUUUGGAGCUUUACGCCUUGUUCAAACAAGGUACAGUUGGCGACAAUAACACAUCUAAACCCGGCAUGCUGGAUUUGAAAGGGAAAGCCAAGUGGGAAGCCUGGAACAAGAAGAAGGGCAUCUCGCAAGAAGUGGCAAAGCAAUCCUACAUUGAUUAUGCCAAUCAACUGAUCGCAAAAUAUAAAUAGUUUUAUCUAUAUACAAUCACCGGUAGUUGCGUUCCUGCUGUAGUUAUGAAUCUAAAGUAUUUUCAUGUUUUCUUAGGUAGCACCUUGUUACUUUUUGAUAAAUUAAACGUUUUGCGAUUUCAUUA